AAAGCCUUGUGACCCGACCCGAAACCUCAGAAGUUCUUAAACCCUCUCUCUCUCUCUCUCUCUCUCUCUCUCUCUCUCUCUCUCUGAGGAGCUUGAGCUUCAAUGGCGGUUCAAUUAAACCAUUACUCCUCUUCCGGCAUCAAGAUUGCUUCGCCUUCUCACACCUUCUCCUCGAAACCCUCAGCCCGUGUCCCUGUUUCAACGAAUUCCAGAUCUUUACCCUCGCUCUCGUGCUCCUUUCCGAAUCCUGGUAAAAACUCGGCCAUACUCUCCGGCUUCAACGUCGGAGUAUACGCAUCGUCAUCUCCCGCGGAUCCGAUCGUCUCAGAUGAACUCUCAGGCUCUGAUUCUCCGUCUCCCAAAAAGAAGAAGCUGCGUGCAGUGGUGAAGCCGCUCGAGAAACCAAGACUGGUGCUGAAGUUCUUGUGGAUGCAAAAGGACAUUGGGAUCGGGCUGGACCAAAUGGUUGACGGCUAUGGGACCAUCCCUCUGAGUCCGUACUACUUCUGGCCGAGGAAAGAUGCUUGGGAAGAGCUCAAGGUCUUGUUGGAGAGCAAGCCAUGGAUAUCCAAUGCUCAUCGUGUCUUCCUCCUCAACCAGGCUACCGAAAUCAUCAACCUCUGGCAGUCCGGCGGUGGAGGUUUACCCUGAUGGAUGGAUAUGGAUCCGCUGUUCUUCAGUGACGCCAUUAAAACUUCUUGGUUUUGGUAGAAUGGUGACCAGGUUGCUUUCAUACAUGCAAUGUUCAAGUUUUGUUCUAUGGCAUCAUCGUUCAAACAUGAAUCAAAUGGGACCAUAUCGGAAAGAGCAAGAGAUUCAA